AUGGAAGAAGACCCAAGGGAGAAGGAGGAAGGCGACACACAAGAAUCAGGCAGCAACAUAGCCAAGAUGGAAGACGACCCAAGGGAGAAGGAGGAAGGCGACACACAAGAAUCAGGCAGCAACAUAGCCAAGAUGGAAGACGACCCAAGGGAGAAGGAGGAAGGCGACACACAAGAAUCAGGCAGCAACAUAGCCAAGAUGGAAGACGACCCAAGGGAAGAAGGAGGAAGGCGACACACAAGAAUCAGGCAGCAACAUAGCCAAGAUGGAAGACGACCCAAGGGAGAAGGAGGAAGGCGACACACAAGAAUCAGGCAGCAACAUAGCCAAGAUGGAAGACGACCCAAGGGAAGAAGGAGGAAGGCGACACACAAGAAUCAGGCAGCAACAUAG